CUCCCGGGACGCGCGCUGGCGCAGGUAGCGCGCACGCAGGACGAAGCCUCAGAGCUGUUGAAACCACUGGAGGGAAGGAAAUCCAUCCUGCCUGGUUCUGGGGAAGGGGCUUCUUCUGGCCAUGUCUCCUGUAGCUGCUGCUGAGCCAGACGGGGUCCAGCGAGACAGGCGUGUCAGCAAGCUCAUUUUCUUCCUUUUUGUCUUUGGUGCCAUCCUGUUGUGUGUGGGAGUCCUGCUCUCCAUCUUUGGGUUCCAGGCAUGCCAGUACAAAAUCUUCCCAGACUGCAGCAUGGUGCUGAAGGUCGCUGGGCCUGCCUGUGCCGCGGCUGGGCUUGGGGCUGUGAUCCUGGCCCGCUCGCGGGCACGACUUCAGCUCCGUGAGGGGCGCCUGAGGGGCAGUCAGGCGGACCCCGACCGAGCCUUCAUCUGUGGAGAGAGCCGCCAGUUUGCCCAGUGCCUCAUCUUCGGGUUUCUGUUCUUGACGAGUGGCAUGCUCAUCAGCAUUCUGGGCAUUUGGGUCCCCGGCUGUGGUUCAGACUGGGCGCAGGAACCCCUGAAUGAGACAGACACUGCCGACGUGGAGCCCCAGAUCUGUGGAUUCCUGUCCCUGCAGAUCAUGGGGCCCUUGAUUGUACUCAUGGGACUGUGUUUCUUUGUGGUUGCCCACGUUAAGAGAAACAACUUGAAUGAGGGCCAGGAUGCCUCCGAAAGUGAAGACAGACAGACGCAGAGCACGGACCCCGUCCAUGUCACUGUAGGUGAUGCCGUGAUAAUAUUCCCACCCCCACCACCACCUUACUUUCCCGAGUCUUCGGCUUCUACAACUCCGAGUCCUGGGGCUAAUGGUUUGCUUCCAAAUGAAAAUCCGCCUUCAUAUUACAGUAUUUUUACCUAUGGUAGGACCCCAACUCCUGAGGGCCAAGGCGCGGCCUCCGAGAGAGAUCAUGAAUCUAUAUACACCAUUUCUGGGACUGCUUUGGCCUCUGAGAUCUCAAUCACUCCGCAUCUCUCCUCUGAACUGCCUCCCAGAUACGAAGAAAAAGAAAUGGCGGCAGCCACAACCUCAUCUCCAUCUUCUGAGCCUUCCCCACCGUGAACUCUGGACUCCAGUUCCAUUUUCUAUAAAAUUGAUCACUGUUUUAUUUAAUUUGUUUUUUAAUAAAAAAAAUACAAUGGC